AUGUCCCCCUUUUACCUUGACUCAGGCAUUCAAUCUCCAUGGACAGUCAUCAAUAGCAGCACGCAGCACUUCUUGAGGAAAGCGCUCAACUGCUCGGACCAGAGAUUGAGGCUUUCCGAGUUAGGGUGUGCUCUGUGUCAUGCCAUCCUCUCCAGUUCGGACCAAAGCCAAUACUCUAGUGGGUUGAGAUCAGGGAUUCGUGAGGACCAAUCCGAGGCAUAG